GAUGCGCAUUCGGGGUUAAUGUCUAUGGGAAACAAUCGCAAGAGUUCAGCUGCGUAGUUGUUUUCUGGAAUGAACUGAAGAAAAAAAAAACGGUAUCUCUAUUCCCUAGCUAUUGUGCAUAGUGGAAUGCAAACAAAACUGUCAAGUUGACAUUUGUAUCUACCGCAAUCAAAAUGAGCACUGAAGACUUUCGAUUUGCUGAAGUUUUCUCGUACGAAAGCUUGGUGCAUGCAAUGGCAGGAGCAGCGGGGAGUGUGACGGCAAUGACCGUUUUCUUCCCACUUGACACUGCAAGACUACGGCUGCAAGUGGAUGAGAAGAGGAAAGCCAGGUCCACUCCUGCCAUUCUGUCAGAGAUUGUCAAGGAAGAAGGGUUGCUGGCGCCCUACAGGGGCUGGCUCCCAGUGAUCUGUAGUCUCUGCUGUUCCAACUUCGUCUACUUCUACUGCUUCCACAGCCUGAGAGCCAGCUGGCUCCGGGGACACAAGUCAACUCCAAGCAGAGACCUGCUAAUGGGCAUUGCUGCAGGUGUAGUGAACGUGCUUGUGACCACUCCGCUGUGGGUGGUCAACACACGACUCAAGCUUCAGGGGGCAAAGUUCCGCAAUGCAGACAUCCGUCCCACUAACUACUCAGGCAUCAUGGAUGCCUUUGUACAGAUCAUUGAGGACGAAGGGGUAGGGGCCCUGUGGAAUGGGACAUUCCCCUCUCUCCUGCUGGUGCUCAACCCGGCUGUCCAGUUCAUGAUCUAUGAGGGCCUGAAGAGACAGCUGAGAAGCUUGGUUCACAGAGAGCUGUUGUCUCUGGAGAUAUUUCUGUUUGGUGCCAUAGCCAAAGCAGUGGCCACCACAUUCACAUACCCACUACAGACUGUACAGUCCAUCCUUAGGUUUGGUCAACACAAGCAGCACACAGACAGAUCACCAUUGCUGAACAGCCUGAGAAGUGUGAUGUAUCUGCUGAUCAAUAGAGUGAGGAAGUAUGGCAUGCUGGGCCUGUUCAAAGGCCUGGAAGCUAAACUCCUGCAGACCGUCCUGACCGCUGCUCUCAUGUUCCUGCUCUACGAGAAGAUCGCCAGCAGCAUCUUCAGGGUCAUGGGAGUGAAGAGGCCUGCGUCCAGCCACUAGCCUGUCUGUGACAUCAGACAUCCGAUCCCAUAUUGUUGCCCUAUCUGUCUCCCCUUGGCCCUAACCCCUCAAUGUUGGCAUGUAUAAAGGGUCUGGAUCGGUAUAAGCAGUGUAGUUAGGGGUAAAUCUUCCACCAUAUUUCUUCCACCUUACAGAAAUGCAAGUGUCAAAGGGUUAGGGGCAAAGAGAAGGGAAGGAAUCGAACAGACCAGCUGAGACUGUACCAGAGAUAUUAGAGAAAGGAUGAGAUGGGAGUCCCAUUGGGCAAUGAAUGUGUAACGCUUCACCCAGUAGACUCACACGGUGCAUUCUGGGUGAUUCUGGGACACAGGGAGCUCUCCUUCAAAGAGUGAAUGCCAGUCAAUUGGGCGCAAGCUCAAAACCAGAAACAUGAAUAACCCUAACCCUUUUCCUAACCUGAUACGUUAAUUAUUCUAAUCUGCUGCGUAAAUUCUCCUAACCUGCUACGAAAAACCAAAUCUGAUGUUAAUUUUACAAAAACUUGAUCCCUUCUAGCCAUGGCUGAGCGCUCCUUGUCCCAGGUUUAUUGUCUAUUUAUUUUUCUAGAAUGCCAAUUUUGUGGAAGUAGACACCACUUGUUCCUCAGACUCUUGUGGAUUUCAUCGUUUUGUACUUUUCAAUGUAAUUUGAAAACACAUAAUUUGUGGAUUUAGUUAAGCAGCUAUUUUGUGAUGCAUUGUUGCUCUUGUCAAAUCACUGGGAAAUGUUUUCAUUGUGUCAUUAAUUGGCUCUCUGACAAGCGUGUUGAAUAAUUACGGGAUGUAUUAUAAAUGAAUUUUUGUGCAGUAUGAUGGAUGGAUAAUUCACCAACAUGUCAGAUUCUCAGAAAGGUUGAUAGAAAUAAAAAGCUCAAAAGUACAUUUGAGCUUUUUUGACCAUAUGCAUUCAUCUCCUUCAGCCAGCAAUCUCUCUCUCAAGCCUGGGGACAAUGUUAAAUAUGCUUCAACAAUUGUCGUGUUCAGAUUGUCAUUUAAAAAAUCAGUUUUUGCUCUGA